GGGACACUUCCUAACUAACCUGCUUAUCUUCAAAAUGUUCGAAAAAGUAAUCAAACUAUGGAGAGAUACAUUCCCAAAAUCGGAGCACAAAUUGAUGUCAAUUGAGUAUGUCGCUGCGAUUGAAGAAUUCAAUGAGUAUUUCCCUGGAUAUGCUGCAAUGAAUGAUAGUAACUAUUCAAAACUUCAGCAUUUCUUCCGUUCUCUUCACCCAAUUGGAUGUAUUAAACCUUUCCGAUUUCAUUAUUCAUCGGCAUUUGCAUUGGAAAACUCAUUAGAUGACUAUCUUCUAAAAAAUGCUCAAUUCAAAAGAGACGGCUUAGCUGGAGAAUGGGCGAUUCACAUCUUUGCCGACCACAACGACCAUAUUAUUGAAAAAUACCGAAUGUACAAGAAGAAACGACUUGAGAAACUGGAACGAACUUUUGAGGAAAGAAAAAAGAAAGCAGAGAGAAUGAAUCAAAAGCAUGAAUAUCGCUUGAUGUGGUAUUUAGGGAAGGAAGGAUAUUACAAAUACACCAAUUCACGACUGGAGAAGAUGGAAAAAGACCGAGAAAUUAGAAAUAAAAAUGGAAAGGAAAUGGAACAAGUCACCUAAACUUCUGGUACUUAAAAAUGUAUUUUGUGUUCUUCCAAGUCGUCAUUAUUCGUCUACUUCUACCCAUUUGACAUAAUCUUUUCCUCAUCAUUCCCCUCGUCCAUGUUGUUAAUUUCAAUAAAACGAAGUACAAAUUGGAA